UUCACCUCUCUGCGCUCGCCAACAUGGCGGCGCUGAGGGCUCUGUCGGCGGCGGCGCUGGGCGUCACGCCCGGUGCGGCUGCUUCUCCGCGGUAUAGACUACUGCUGGCUUCGCUGCCGUGGCGGCCGGCGGCGGGAACUCACUCGUGGAAGUGGGGGCGUCCGCCCCCGGGGAUAUCGCAGAAUCAUCAAGGGUGGUCUCAGACUGAUAAAAGAACAUGCUGGCAUGGACAUGCAGGUGCAGGACUCCAUUCAGAUCCAAAGGAAGGGAUGAAAGAAUUACAAGGUGGAAAAAUAAUCAAAGCAAUGCUUUCCUACGUAUGGCCCAAAGAUAGGCCUGACCUACGUGCCAGAGUUGCCAUAUCACUAGGAUUUUUAGCAGGUGCAAAGGCCAUGAAUAUAGUCGUUCCCUUCAUGUUUAAAUAUGCAGUAGACAACCUCAACCAGAUGUCUGGAAAUGUUCUGAACCUGAAUGAUGCACCAAAUACUGUGGCAACCAUGGCAACAGCUGUUCUGAUUGGAUAUGGCAUCUCACGAGCUGGGUCUGCUUUAUUUAAUGAGGCUAGAAAUGCUGUAUUUGGAAAAGUAGCCCAAAACUCCAUCCGAAGGAUAGCAAAGAAUGUAUUCCUCCACCUGCACAACCUGGACUUGAGUUUCCACCUGAGCCGGCAGACUGGAGCAUUAUCGAAAGCCAUUGACAGAGGAACAAGAGGCAUCAGCUUUGUGCUCAGUGCCAUAGUAUUCAAUUUGGGUCCCACCUUGUUCGAGGUGGCACUCGUUAGUGGAAUUUUGUAUUAUAAAUGUGGCGCAGAGUUUGCACUAGUAACCUUGGGGACAUUAGGAGCAUACGCAGUAUUCACAAUAGGAGUUACACAAUGGAGAACUAAAUUUAGGAUAGAAAUGAAUAAAGCAGAUAAUGAUGCAGGUAACGCUGCAAUUGACUCGCUGCUGAAUUAUGAAACUGUGAAGUAUUUCAAUAAUGAAAAGUAUGAAGCUCAGCGAUAUGAUGGGUAUUUGAAGACCUAUGAAAAUGCCUCACUGAAGACUACCACUACCUUAGCUCUACUGAACUUUGGACAAAGUGCUAUAUUCAGCAUUGGGCUAACAGCCAUCAUGGUACUGGCUAGCAAAGGAAUUGUUGCAGGUAACUUAACAGUUGGAGAUCUGGUCAUGGUGAAUGGACUGUUGUUCCAACUUUCUUUGCCCCUUAACUUUCUGGGAACGGUGUACAGAGAGACGAGGCAAGCGCUAAUAGACAUGAAUGUCUUGUUCACACUGCUUAACGUAGACUCAAAAAUUAAAGAUAAAGAGCUGGCUCCACCCCUGCAGAUCACACCACAGACUGCUACCAUCGCCUUUGAUAACGUGCACUUUGAGUACCUUGAGGGGCAGAAAGUCCUCAGUGGCGUGUCUUUUGAAGUCCCUGCAGGAAGAAAAGUGGCCAUUGUAGGAGGCAGUGGGUCAGGGAAGAGCACAAUAGUAAGAUUAUUGUUUCGCUUCUUUGAACCUCAGAAGGGGGAGAUUUACAUUUCUGGCCAGAACAUACGAAACAUCAGUUUGGACAGCCUGAGAAAAUCCAUAGGAGUUGUACCUCAGGAUUCUGUUCUCUUCCAUAACACCAUAUUCUACAACCUCUUGUAUGGCAACAUGAAUGCCUCUGCAGAAGAAGUCUAUGCCGUUGCAAAGCUGGCAGGAAUCCAUAAUGCUAUUCUCAGAAUGCCCAAUGGGUACAGCACACAAGUGGGAGAGCGAGGUCUGAAGCUGUCAGGUGGAGAAAAGCAGAGAAUUGCUAUAGCCAGAGCAAUCUUGAAGAAUCCUCCCAUUAUCCUCUAUGAUGAAGCUACUUCAUCUUUAGAUUCAAUUACAGAAGAGAACAUCUUGAAUGCCAUGAGGGAUGUGGUGAAACACAGAACAUCCAUUUUUAUUGCACACAGAUUGUCAACAGUGGUUGAUGCAGAUGAAAUCAUUGUCCUGGAUCAGGGUAAAGUUGCAGAGCGUGGCAGGCAUAUAGAUCUCCUUACCAGUCCCAGCAGCCUCUACUAUGAAAUGUGGCACACGCAGAGCAGCAGGAUGCUGAACAGAAAUACUAACGAAAGGUGGGAGGAGAGAACCAAUCACCUGUCCAAAGACGAGGAAAGGAAGAAGCUGCAAGAAGAGAUCAUCAACAGCGUGAAAGGCUGUGGGAAUUGUUCUUGCUGAGUGUGAGCUCAAUUCAUGUCCCCUUCUUCAUCCCAACCCUGGUUUAAGGGUGGCACAAAUUCACACUGAAGCUGUUUUCUGCAUUCAACAGAAGAAACAGUUCAGAGAUUCUGUUGUCCAUGUUAAAAAAAUAAAGAAAAGGCUUUUCCCCGUGGAACACAAGUUCUUUAACCAAAGGAUGGUUUUACAUCUGCCUCCCCUUACCUCAGAUAUUAAUGAAGUCAUAGGAAUCAAGUCAAAACUGCCUCAGAACAUCUGAUUGAUAACAUGUUUUUGGUGAAAGACAUGUAUACACUUUUUCAGCAAUUGUUUGUAAAGUGGUGUAAAUCCCUUUGCUCUGGCCAGAAUAUAAUAAUAUGACCUGCCUUGUGAUAUGUUUGUGUUAUAUUACUCUUCCCCACUGAUGGUGGAUUAGAAAUGUUUUUU